AUUCAUGGUGGAAGACUCGUUUCUUCUACCUUUGGUCUCCGACCCAUAAAUCUUUAUACAUACUAACUAGCUACUGAGCCUGCAGACCCUGUGUUGUUUGUUUACAAAAUUCACGAAACUAGGAAAACUUGCCACACGAAGGAAACAUUCCUAGAGUGUGGCAAGUUUCUCUCUAACACACGCCUCUGUUUAGUCGCCGCUCCUCUAUCAACACAAGACAACAAACACCUCUGAAAUCUUGUCAUUCUCAACAUUAACGCGUCUCCCAACAGUUGUACUGACGCAAGCAUCGAGAAGAUAGACCCUUCAAGUUGCACCACCAUCAAGAAGGGAAACAUUGUGCACGCAGAACACUGUAUAAGGAACUCCAUUCUAUAUAAUAAACCUGGUUGAAAUCGAAGCUUAUGGAAAAUCUGGAAGAAGUUAGCCUUUUGAAAGCAGAUGAAGAUAGAGAUGGAAAGAAGCCUAUAACCCAAUUCCGUCCAUUCAAUAGAGCUUUAGUGCGAUGGGCUCUUUAUCGCUCUGACCAGAAGAAACCAAAAAAAGCAGAAAAACAAUGAAAUUCUUUACAAAGAAUUGAAGCGCGAUCACAAUCGUCACUCUGCGGGAUACACUGGUAAACAACUGAGCGUGCCUCACCCAGUACCCUCAGCACCACGUGCUCGUUCGACCCAUACACGUAUCAACAGACGUCGCAUUCCACGGAAAACGUUGUACACCAAUUCAAAUUUUAUGAUGAAAUUGACAUCGUAUACCAAAACAAAUUGUACUCUAGGGCAGUCGUACACCAAGCAAUCUCUCCUGCUCUGAAGGGGAAAGCGAGUAUCGAAAAGUACUCAAGACGGGGCAACACAAGUGAUUUGAAUAAUACAACCCUUGUGAUGGGAUCCCUGGAUUUGAAGUGGCGACGAGGAUUAACAGCUGAUGCAGAGAGCCUGGGUACAAGACAAGGUGUGGAGCUUUAAGAGAGAGCGGAGUGCAUCGUGUGGAUGGGCCGAAGAAUUUAGACAAUAGUGAGUUGUGUUCAACCAUGGCUAUGGCUGCCCCAGCACUCAUCUCAAUGGAGCCGUUUGAUGCUACCAAGAUCUCGUUGAACCUGUGGCUGAGCCUGCUGGAAGCAAACUUCCAGUUCCAUGGGAUUAAGGAGGAUGCAAACAAGAAAGCGGCACUCUUAGUUUCACUGGGUACAGCAGUGUAUAUUGUCCUUGGUAACGUGUGCGCGCCAGAGCUACCCCACACGAAGACUUAUGAAGACCUGAUUACCUUGCUUAAACAUCAUUAUGUAGUGAAACCUUCAUAUCACAGAAGUUUGAUGGAUUUCCAGAAGAGGACGAAAAAGCAGCAGGAAUCCUUACAGGAUUUAUAUGAGGAAUUGAAGGCGUUGGCUAACAACUGCAACUUUGGGGCACAGUUUGACUGCCGGGUCAGGGACCAGUUGUUCAUGGCAGUAGAAAAUGAGAUAUUUUUCCCUAACCUGGUGGCAGAAAACUUUGAUUUACAAUUGAUGACUUCAAGGACAGUGCUAGAAAAGAUUUUGAACCUGGAAAUGGCUUUCAGAGGUAAGAAAUCUACUACCCAUGAAAUUAUGGUCGUGCAGGACCAGAUAAGAUGCAAACACUGUGGAUACAAUCACAGUAGUGGCAACUGCAAGUUUAAGAACUAUAUAUGCAACUUUUGUGACAAGAAAGGGCACUUGAGAAAAGUGUGUAGUGAAUACUUGAAGAAAAAUAGCAAGGCCUUGGAGAGGAUACGACCAGGUAAUGCAGGAAGAGGAGGUAACAGUACUGUGGUCAACGCAGUAGAGGAAGGUAAACCGUCUGAAGAAGCUGCAGGUGAGGAAAGCAGAUUAUUUUUGAUGAAAGAAAAGGUAUGUUCUGUGAAGUCCCAAGUGGUGAAUUUUGUAAUUAAUGGGAAGUUAGUUCCCUUGGAACUGGACACUGGUGCUGCAAUGUCAACAUUGUCUAGAGAUUGGGCAGAUACCUUGCAAUUGAAUGUUAAACCAUGUGGGACAUCAUUAAGUGCAUAUGAUAAUGUGCCAAUUAAGGUCUAUGGCAAGGUGUCAGUAAAAGGAAGCUAUAACGGGAAAGAAAUUGUCCAGGAUUUUUAUGUAGUGGAGUCACAUCAUCCUAACCUAUGUGAUAAGGAUCUCAUGGAAAAGAUGGGAAUUUUCUUGGCUGGCCUGAAUGAGUUGUCUGUAGUAAAAAAAAAUAAGAGUGCCAAAGAUAUGUUGGAAAAAUAUUCAGUGGAUGCAGGUAAGCCAAUUAAUAAUAUGGUGGCAAAAAUUCACCUGAAUAGUGGGGCUUCACCUAAAUUCUUCAAAGCAAGAACAACUCCAUUCCAUUACAAGCAACUGGUAGAAUCAGCCCUGGAAAGGCAUGUAGCAGAAGGCAUUUUAGAGCAAAUUACACAUAGUGAGUGGGCAGCCCCAAUUGUACCAGUGCUGAAGGCAGAUCGGAAAUCCAUGAAAAUCCCUGCAGAUUUUAAAGAAUUAAAUAAUCGCAUCCAUUGUGAAAAAUAUCCAUUGCCCACGAUAGAUGAGUUGUUGUCAGUGGUUUGCAAGGGGACAGUUUUUUCUAAGAUUGACCUAAAAGAUGCCUACUUGCAAAUUCCUGUAGAUGAGGAGAGCCAGAAAAUGUUAGUGAUUAAUACUCAUAAGGGGUUAUAUAAGUAUAAAAGACUUCCUUUUGGACUCUCCUCUUCUCCAGCAAUUUUUCAGGGAUUCAUGUCUCAGUUGUUAGUAAACAUUGAUGGUGUGGUUAGUUUUUUAGAUGACAUUAUUGUAUGCGGGGAGAAUGAGGAAGAACAUGAUGCUAGAUUAGAAAAGGUUUUGAAUCUUCUGCAAGAGCACAAUGUAAAGAUUAAUAAGGGUAAAACAGCAUUGAAGACCAGUGACAUUGAAUACUUGGGGUACCAUAUUUCAGGUAAGGGCUUUACUCCUUCUCACAAAAAUGUAGCUGCUGUAGUGGACGCUCCAGCCCCAACAUCAGUGAGGGAAGUACAGUCUUUUGUAGGGAUGAUAACAUAUUUUUUUAAGUUUGUGAAGAACUUUUCAACAAAAUUAAAGCCCUUGUAUGAAUUAUUGAAAAAAGGAGCUAGAUUUAAGUGGACAGCUAGAGAGGAGAAUGCCUUCAGGAAUAUUAAGCAGGAAUUGCUAAAUUCUCCUUUGCUCACUAAUUUUACUGGUAAACUCCCUUUAAAACUGGAGGUAGAUGCUUCCCCAAUAGGAGUGGGCUGUGUAUUAUUACAGGAAGUAGAUGGUCAGGAAAAAGUAGUCUAUUUUGCUAGCAAGAAAUUAUCUCCUGCAGAACAGAGUUAUUCCCAGUUAGACAAAGAAGCCUUAGCCUUGGUAUAUGCUGUUAAAAAGCUGAGGUAUUUUUUGCUGGGUAGGAAAUUUCUUGCUAGAACAGACCAUAAACCCCUGCUAGGAUUGUUUGGCAGAGGUAAACAAAUUCCAGUUAAUGCCAAUGCUAGAAUUCAACGAUGGGCAUUGCUACUCUCACAGUUUGAGUAUGAUUUGGAAUUUAGGCCAGGCAAGGGUAAUGUAGUGGCUGAUGCAUUAAGUAGAUUGCCUGUUACAGAAGAGUCGAAUUCCAGUAUUCCAGUGGAAUAUGUUAACCUAGUGGAAUCUAUGUCUUUUGAGGAUAUUACAUUCCAGACUAUUAAGAAUGCAACUAACAGAGAUCACAAAUUAAAUCUGUUGAUGAAGUAUGUCAAAUAUGGUGGGAAUGAUAAUUUACUAUUGUCAGAGUAUGCUGCAGUAAAGGCUGACCUUGGUAUUCACCAGGAUGUACUCUUGUAUAGGAAUAGAGUGGUGGUUCCUGUGGAACUGAGAUGUAAAAUCUUGGAACAGCUGCAUGUAGGCCAUAAUGGCAUUAAUGCUAUAAAAGCAAAAGCUAGAAGUUGGGUUUGGUGGCCAAAAAUGGACCAGGAUAUUGCUGAAGUAACUAAGAAUUGUCACAUUUGUUUUGAGAAUUAUCAGAAACCCCAGGCCCCAGUACUUUCCUGGCCAUGCGGUGGGAAACCCUAGUCCAGACUUCAUAUAGGUUAUGCUGGACCAAUGGAUAACAAAUACAGUAUUACUUGGUGAUUGUGGAUUCAUAUAUAAAAUUUGUGGAUGUUCAUGUGUGUAAUUCCACAUCAUCUGUAACUUGUGAACUGCUCAGGAAAACAUUUUGUAAUUUUGGAUUGCCAGACAUGGUGAUGUCAGAUAAUGCUCUUUAUUUUUGUUUCUGGGAAAAU